UCAGUGCUCUGGCACUUUCGCCGCUGCCGCCAAAGCUCAAGCUCUGUCAAUGGCGACGAACCCAACGUUUCAGUUGUUCUCAUCUUCAAAUGAUAACUCCUCUAAUGGUUCAAGUCUAGGGCUAGGGUUUCUCGAUUCACCAGAACCACCUCGUCCUUUGCCGCCUCCUCCCGUCGAAGUCUUGUCCUCCGAGCAUGUCUCUUCCUCUGUCAAAUUCGCUGUGGAGAAGGUGGCCAUUGGAGAACUCACUUUGUUGAAGGGUCGUGUGAACACUAAAGACGUUUUCGGGUUGCCUAAUUCAGAUUUGGUUCCUGGAGUGUAUGAAGGUGGUCUGAAGCUUUGGGAAGGAUCAAUUGAUCUUGUUAAAAUUCUUGAGAAAGAGGUUCAUAAUGGGAACUUACCAUUUUCUGGAAAGCGGGUUCUCGAGCUUGGAUGUGGUCAUGGACUUCCUGGAAUCUAUUCCUGCCUUAAGAAUGCAGAUGCUGUCCAUUUUCAGGACUUCAAUGCCGAGGUCCUGCGAUGUCUCACCAUUCCAAAUUUGAAUGCUAAUCUGUCCGAAAAGUCGGCAUCCGCCUCAACAAGUGGCAGCUCAGAGGUACGGUUCUUCUCAGGGGACUGGAGUGCAGUUCAUCAGCUUCUUCCACACAUAAAUGAUGGCGAGAACAAUAUCAAUGGUGGAAAAGCUUCUGGUUACGACAUUAUUCUAAUGGCCGAGACAAUUUAUUCUAUCUCAGGUCAGCAAAGUCUAUAUGGGCUGAUUAAAAAGUGUUUGGCUUGUCCUAAUGGCGUAGUAUACAUGGCUGCAAAGAAAUACUAUUUCGGGGUUGGUGGAGGGACAAGGCAGUUCCUAUCUAUGAUAGAGAGAGACGGUGUUCUUGCUUCAACAUUGGUGUCUGAAAUCACAGAUGGUUCGUCCAACGUUAGAGAGGUAUGGAAGCUUUCGUAUAAGUGAACCAAGUUCUAUGCCCCAAUUCCUGUUGUUAAACCUAUACACAUGGAAAAUCCGUUGCUUUGCUAUCGAAAAAAAUCCGUCCCGCUUACCAGUCUGAUUCAUCGUAUGGUAAUCUGUGGAUUGCCUCUGGAAAAAGUGUUAGGAGUUUGAAUCAUGGUGGCCUUACAUUACAUGAGACCUCUGGUUCUCAAACUCAUCACCACCAUGUUUGGUUUGCCUUAUAAGACAGUCUUAGGAUAUGAUGCUUCCUUGUGUCAUAACCACUUUUUUGUUAUGUUCCAUUCACUAUUCUUUCUUUCUUGCUCUAAUGGAUCUCAUCUCAAAUAUUCA